UGAGCGAUAUUUACGUAUUUAGCAUUUUGUUUCAUGGUGUUGCAGUUCGAUUUUUGUUUGAGAUGUAAAAUCAAAUUGUGAGUUCGGAACUUAUUUAUCUGUGUAAAAAUGAAUAUACUCAUUACCAAGACAAUAUAUUAAUUCAGUAUCACCUGCGUUUCAACCUUGGACCGUUUUACGUGUACGUGUUGUAUUUCUAUGUUGAUAACAGUUUCAAAUUUUGGAAACAAAAUACGUUUGGCAGGGAGGCUUCAAAAAGAUGUUACAUAUCCUGCUUAUCUUGUGUACUGGACUUUUCAUCCAUUGUACAGAGGGAACAUGUACCUUUCCAACCAGCCUUACCGACGGAACAUGGAUAAGUGCCGAGAAGGGAAACCUUCAAAUAUCAGGGACAUCUAUUCUGAAAUAUCCAAUGGAUAUCUCCGGCGUGGCCACCUUUGACUUCAACUGUAUAGUCCAGUCCGACACGACCUAUCUUUUCCAGGCUGUUGAAUUUCAAAACGUAUUUGGAGUAAUCACUCGAUUCUUUCUGUGUUUGGACAUUCAUGAAGUCAAUGGAAACGUCCUUACAUAUUUCUUGGGAACAGAGUAUGACGUCUUCGUCAGAGAUUUCAUAUUUCCCUUGGCUGAAGAUAUUGCCACUAUGGCACAAGCGUGUAACAGAGCUACUCCCUACGAAACACAUACUUUUAUAACACUUGUCAAAACUGGAUCCGUCGAUGAUGGCUCAGCACCAAUUAAAUGCCCGGAUGACGUCCUUUCAGUUUUUGAUGACGUAGCAAUUGCUGAUCAGACUUGUGCCAACAGUAUCCUUGACGUGUGUUCAAACCAAACACAAAUGAACUUUACCUUGGAUGCUCCCUGUGCAACAGAAAAAACUCUCGCCACUGCAGGACAGUACACCUGUAUACAUCACAUCACUUCCGGUCAGACAACCUAUCUCUCACUUUGGAAUAACGAUGCUUCGCCGACGUACCAAUUUUCCUGUUUUGCGUUUCAGAGAGUCGAUGAUGUUGUUACAGCAACUGAGACCGCCAAGUACUGUACGGCCACUACAGACCACGUGACACCGGGUACUCAGGACAGCGUCACUGGCAAGACCAUUGUUGUAAACACUCCCUCUCAGAGCUGUAUUGCAGUAGGACCAACAGCAGCUAGUGGGCCCGAUGCAGGGGUCACAAUUAACUAUAAUGGGCUGUAUGCGCUCCUUUUGAUUCCAUUGUACAUUCUGCUAUCGCUGCUCAUCCUCCUGAUCCUCUGUUGUUGCUGCGGGUAUAGUAAAAAGAAAAAGAAGACGACAGAGAAACAUCGUCCCGAGUCACCAAUAAUUGUCAUUUCUAAAGCGGAAACAAGCAAUUUGAAGUUCGGCAUGCGCAGUGAGCUUUACAUGAAGCGCGGACAUUUUGGAUUGUUCCGGCCGAAGAAAUCGCUCGUGAUACCAAGCCAUCCAUCUUUCCUGCCUUGUGUUUUGCCUCUACCUCGCGUGGAGCCAAUUUAUAAGGAUCCUUUUCUUCUUGAUGAACCUGCAACCUCUACUAGAACGGUUGAACCCCUUAGGACCCUUAAACCUCCUUCCUCUCCUGGUAUUGGGGGAUUAUACAGCUUCGAUGCUGUGGAUGACAUAAUGGGACGAUAGAUGGGAAGGAGUGAACAGCUCAAACGCGUGCGAUACUGUUUAUUGAUAAAUUUAUGCAUAACAUGUUGUUUUCUCGAAAUAUAUACAACUAGAUAGCUUCUAUGAGGCAGACUUGCUAUAAUGCAUGCCUGUCAUUCCCAAUAAAAUGUGUGCUUUGUUGUUAAUGAUGCAGGCAAAUAAAUAUAAA